GGUCAAACUAAUUUUGAAAUGUCUUAUAGUGGGUUUUAGAUUUGGGGCCUAUGGAAUCCUUCAUCUCGCGGACCACAAACCAACCUCACAUCUGCGUGGUUCACCCUGCUACUUAAUGGAUGAGGUUCUGGUUACCGGCGGAUGGCGGAAUAACCAUCACAGAUAUGGCGCAGCUAAAUGCCAUCGGUCGAUUUCGUGCAGCAGCAUAAUCAGAGCGAGAAGGUGCACCAUGCGCUCGCAAAGUCGCCUGCCAAGCGUGGCAAGUGUAGGCAAAACCCCCCUAUGAAUAGUAACACCUAAACCUGGCCUUCAGUUCCAGUAACUUCGCCAUUCCUGGCCCUGGUAACGGCUACGGUAACGGCGGGGCAGGGGUCUUAAGAAUCUCCGGAUAAGACUGCUACCACCUCCGAUGAUGAAUGGCCAUUGUAAAAACAACAUUCGUUUAUUGAGGGCUGACGAGAAGAUUCUCGAGUUGGAGGAAGAAAUAGGUCGGUUAUACUGGAACAUCUUGGGGUUGUCAGAAGUCCAUAGAAAGUGAGAAGACAUGAUAAUUCUUAAGUCUAGUAACGUAAUUUACUACCGUGAGCCCGAUUAACAGUCCCAAGGUAGUGUCAGAUUUUUCGUCCGUACCUUCCCCGAUAACAAUGUGUCAAGCCGAAUAGCUUACCUCAGAAUAUAAUAUAGUUAAAAUCUUAAACAAGUGUCAAAAAUCUUAAAUGCCAUAAAAAUAAUUCUUGAAAGAAUAAUCUCUGUUCAUCCGGCAUAAUUUUAUUUUGUAUGAUAGUGAAAAUUAUACACAAAAGAAAAGGAAUAAUGUACUUUCAAAUAAAAUGGAAUUUCGUUGCUGCUUGUUCUUUCUAUAGUUAAUCAAUUACAUUAGAUAAAGACAAUUCAUAAUGCAUGCUUUUAAACAAUUGUAGAAUAGGUAAACGGUAAUUAUCAGACAGGCAAGCAACAAUAAACAUCUAUUUUAAAGAUACUAUAAUAUAUUUGUUAUUCAAAUAUUUGAAAAGAAGAUUAUAGCUAUGAUUAUCUCUGAUGGUAAAAGAUUAAAGACUCCGAAUAAUUGCCGGGAUCAUGCCAGGUCACUUCAUAAGCUAAAUGUUUAACACGACCACUAAACCAAAAAUGUCUUUGCCUAAUAUACUUAUAAUGAGUUCUAGGCGUUAUUCAUUUUUUAUAUUAUUUUCCUGAAUUGCCUAGAAUUCAAUUUAAAAUGAUAUGUAAAUAUCAGUGUUAUGUUAUUAGGAUACGAUGAUAAAUAUCUUCCAUUGGUUGAGGUGUAUCAAUCUCCUCUUAAACUUUAUGACGUAGCGCGUUUGAGUGUUUUUCAAAUAAAGAUGACUCGACGUGUCAAUAUUGAUUAAUUUUAUUUAGCGGGAGGUUAUCGAGCUGUGAUAAACAUAGAUGAUAUUUAUACAAAUGUCAGUUUUGGCAUAGCGUCAGUAGAAGCGGAGAUGUUGAACAGAGCUCUGUCUUGGUCAUUUCUGGUAGCAUUAUGUGUGGUCGCACAAGAGAUCGAGGAGAGUGUAUCGCGGCUAGUAGUCACGGCUCAGGGUCCCGUGCGAGGUUAUAAGGACCCCGCCGGUGACCUCUUCGUGUUUUACGGCGUCCCUUACGCAACCGCGCCUACAGGGCCGCAUAGAUUUAAAGCUCCGCUGCCGCCUCCAAGAUGGGAGGAACCGCUAGAAGCAAUACACAGAAAUAUAGUCUGCCCACAAGUAGAACUCAGCACGACAAAUCAAAUCAUGCAAGAAGACUGUCUUAUAGCAAACAUACAUGUACCCGACACAGACGAUAAAAACCUUCCUGUUGCCGUUUAUGUUCACGGGGGAGCCUUCCAAAAUGGACGUGGAGACUCUAUCAAACCAACUACUUUCGUACAAAAUAAAAAAGUUAUUGUGGUAACGUUUAAUUAUCGCGUUGGCAUACAUGGUUUCCUUUGCCUUGGUACUAACGACGCUCCCGGUAAUGCUGGGAUGAAAGACCAAGUCGCAUUAUUGCGAUGGGUAAAUACAAAUAUUGAGAAAUUUGGAGGUAACCCACAGGAUGUUACGAUCAUUGGAUGCAGUGCUGGAUCAGCUUCAGUUGAUCUUUUGAUGCUUUCAAAAUCUGCGCGUGGAUUAUUCAAUAAAGUCAUAUCAGGCAGUGGAUCCAGCAUAAGUGCAUUUUCUGUCCAAAUUGAUCCCGUAGAAAACGCUAAGAUGCAUGCAAAAAUAUUAAAUUUCUCAAAUGUAGACGAUACGUAUGCUUUAGGAAAAUUCUAUGCGACUGUUCCGUUUGAAGACCUGUUACUGCGAAAUACAUUUAGGGUUCAAAAGGACACGAGUGUAGUGUUUGCUCCUUGUGUUGAACGCUAUACUGGAGUAGAAAUGUUUUUAGAUGAAGCUCCUAUUAAUAUUUUAAGAAACGGUAACUAUAGAAAAGUGCCCGUAAUUUAUGGAUUCACUGAUAUGGAAGGAUUGAUGCGGUUGCCCGAAUUUGAAGAAUGGAGUGUUGAAAUGAAUGACGACUUUACUCCAUUCUUACCAAUAGAUUUACAAUUCCGAAACGAAGAAGAGAAGAAGGAAGUUGCGCAAACUAUCAAAGAGUUUUAUUUUGGAGACAAACCUGUGAAUGAGGAUACCAUUUUGGAGUACCUAGAUUUUAACACGGACGUACUUUUUGCCCAUUCUAUGUUGUGGUCAGUUAAUAUACAGGUUGAAAAUGGAAACAAUGAUAUAUAUUUGUACGAAUACUCAUAUGUUGAUAAAAACGUUUCCUCGGUUCCUUAUGCGCAUGUUGUCGGUGCGGGGCACUGCGCGCAAGAAUUUCUUUUGUUAGAUGAGAAAGGAGGAAUUGCUGUAGAUGAAUCUAGCAUGUCCGUAAAAUAUAAAGAUAUGAAAUCAAUUAUCGCGGACUUGUGGUAUAACUUUAUAAGAACAAGUAAGCCUGUGCCGGAUAACUCUUCUUUGCCGAUGUGGCCCCCUGUGGUUAGUAAUUGUUCGCCACACAUGUCGUUCGGGCAAACGCUGGAACUCAAAGGACCUUUACUGGAGCAGCGUGCCCGUUUCUGGGACAACAUCUAUGCAAGAUUUUACCGAGCUCCGAAGGCACCCGAGCCAACCCACAAAACAAAUCCAAUGCACAAACCGAAGCCAAUACAUAAACCGAGGCCAAAAUAACAAUCUCAAAUAAAUGAAGACUGCGUUAA